AUGUCACAUAAAAUAAAGAUAAGAGACAAUGUCAUGUACGCCACGAGUCCGAUCAUAAACGAGGACGACAUUGCGGACUUCGUUUCGAACAUGAAUGUAUACAAGUGGGAAGGAGAGGCGGAUGGAAUGGGGGGUAAACAGGCGGGUCAACAGAUUAGUCAGUCGACCGGCAGCCUGCCUGAGGAGAAAGCGCACUCCUACCCCGUUAAGGAAAUACAACUCGGAAGCUUAAAAAUCUCCGACUGGGGUAUGUCCAUCCUCAUCCCCUGCUUGCUGAGAUGCAGCAACUUGGUUACGCUUAAUCUAUCGAGCAACGACUUAACAAAUGAUAGCGCAAAAAUCCUAGCCAAGUGCCUCAAGUACCUGCCUAGACUGGUCUCCCUAAAUCUGUCAAACAAUCUGAUAAAAUCCGACGGCGCCAACGAAAUUAUAGAGGAAUUUUUCUCCCCAAAGAUUGCCUCCAAAAGAGGAUUUUCCCCAGGGGAAGAACAAAUAGACAUCAAUUUUCACCUGAACAGUCAGGCAAAAAAUGAGAUAAAAAAUAUGCACACAAAUGUGCGUGAAUUGGAUUUGUCCGACAAUUUUUUGGAUCCCUCUGUUCUGUUAAAAUUAAGUCAAGUCAUCAGUAAGCCGAACAAUGAGAAGAUCAAAUUAUGCAUAAAAAAUAGCCAACUGAGUGAUGCCAAUUUCUCCACCUUUUUCGAAAAAUGCACACACGUACAAAGUUUAAACAUGUCUGAAAAUGGCAUUGCUUCCGCCUUAUUCUCUGAGCACAUGAAAAUAUUAUUUACAUCCCAGUUAAACUUAAAAGAAUUACACUUAUCGAGAAUAUGCGUUGAUCACAAUGACACACAUAAGCUGGAGGAUGGGAAUGAACUGCUUAAACAGCUGGUUAACCAAUUGAGUGAAGCGCCCAAUUUGUCCGUUUUGUCAUUUGCGAAUAAUAAAGUUAAUGACCAUGGAUUUUCCCUCUUCUGUGAAUAUUUAAAAAAAAAUAAAAACAACAUCACAGCGAUUGAUUUUUCUAACAAUCAAAUUUCCGACAUGAACAACCUCAGCGAAGCGUUAAAAAAUAAUCAGACAUUAAAAAUGAUUAACUUAUCAAAUAAUAGAAUUACCGAUAAAAAUUUGAAACACUUUUGUUACGAGACCUUGUCAUCCAAUAUGAGCAUUGCAGAAAUUUCCCUCUCGAAUAAUGACUUGACGGAUUUUUCUUGUGCUUACUUUGCCGACGCGUUGGUGAUGCAAUGUAACAUUGUAGAAAGAUCAAUUAAGUUGAAGGCGCAACUUCCGCAGGGGGAAGAGGCCUCCCCGACCAUGGCGCAUACGCUUAACAGGGAAGAUGAUGUAUGCACCCAAGAUAAUUUAACCGGUCAAGGUGAGCUAGGUCACACUAAUGGACCCCCUCCUGGACAUCCCCCUGCGUGGGAAGAAUUCCCCGAAAUUGACUCGCAAAAGUCGACGUCCAACUCGAGCGAAGGAAGGUCAGCCCCUCCCCAUCUAAACAAAGCGAAAAAAACGAAUUUCAAAAAAGACCACUUCCAAAUGAUACACAAAUUGAAGGAGCUCAUCACGAACCGGCACAGCGAACAACAUAAUUUCUUUUCCUGCAUCGGUGUUCCAUCCCUUAACAGAGCUACCGAAACGUCCAAACUGCUCUUCUUGCAAGAACAAAGGAGAAACUUAAUAUAUAACAAAAACGACGACUUUUACCAUUCCUGUGAUUCAUUUUCACUGAACUGCUUUAAAGGCCUCAAAUACCUGAAUAUCUCCGGGUGUCACAUUAAUACCCAAGGGUUGGCUCUCCUCAUUAAUUCACUCAACAUGCCCUAUUGUCCCUUAGAAUUUUUGGACGUUUCCUCCUCCGCUAGCGACCUAACGGAUGUUACACACCAGGCAUUCGCUUCACUUAUUACAGAAAAAAAAAGCAAAUUCGAAAAAAAUGACAACUUCCAUUUUGAACAUUUACCACUCACCGUCCGCGGCGUUGCGCCCAUACUCAUUCCCCUCAACGAUUCGGACGAUAACACGGAUGCGGACAGCAUAGAGUCAGAGUGGUGGAACUACAAAGAGGGUGACCUGCCUGAACAAGGAUCGCACGAAGCAGCGUAG